GGGAGACAGGGGCACCCAUGUUUCCAAGGCUCCCUUCGUCUCUUCCUGCCCCACAUCUGCGCCUGUCGCAGGGUGUUUGCCUGCCCCCCAGCUGCGGGGUUCCCCAGCUGCGCGGUCCUGGCGUCCUAGGGGUGACUCAGGACCAGCCCUCAGGAACCUGCCCAGUUCCUGCCUGCAACCGCCGGUUAGCUGGCGAUGUCUGCGAACUAGGGCCUUCUCUGCAUCUCUCACACUGCCUGCCUCUGGGCAGUCGUUUCUGGGUCCCUGUCUCCCUCCUUGUUUUUGUUUGACGGGGAGGGGUUUGUUUCCACAGUAACCAGCUCCUUUGACUCUGGGAUUGGGGAGGGAGCCCUCAGAUUUCGUCAUCCUCCACCCCCACCCCCUGGUGCUGGAUAGAUGGCAGCAAACCAAGGUUUUGCCACCUGGAGGGAUGUUCCCAGGCUAGGUGAACUGUGGUCAAUGGUAGUGGCCAGGGGCAGGAUUUGGGACCUCAGGAGGGGCCAGAAGUUACAUUCAGGGCCCAGAGGCUCAGGACUCCUGGGUCCAGACUUCGGGUAAAGUUAGGGUGACUGGCUCCUGUGUCUGUCUGGGAUGAGGAGGAGGAUGGUGCCACCUUUACUGUCACAAGUCGUCAGUAUCAGCCUCUUGAUCCUUUGGCCCCCAUGCCUCCCCCUCGUUCCUCCCGACGGCUCCGAGCUGGCACACUGGAGGCUCUGGUCAGACACCUGCUGGAUGCUGGGACAUCAGGGACUGACAUGACCUUCACUCCAGCCUUGCUGGCCACCCACCGGGCCUUCACCUCCACACCUGUGCUGCUUGGACUUGUGGCUGACAGGCUGGAAGCUCUGGAAUCAAAUCCUCCUGGUGAGCUAGAGAGGACCACAGGGGUAGCCAUCUCUGUACUGUCAACCUGGCUGACCUCUCACCCUGAGGAUUUUGGCUCUGAGGUCAAGGGUCAGCUUGACCGGCUUGAGAGCUUCUUGCUUCGGACAGGGUAUGCAGCACGGGAGGGUGUUGGGGGGGGCAGCGCUGACCUCAUCCGCAACCUCCGGGCCCAGGUGGACCCCCAGGCCCCUGACCUUCCCAAGCCCCUGGCCCUCCCUGGCGAUUCCCCUGCUGACCCCACGGAUGUCCUGGUGUUCCUCGCUGACCACUUGGCCGAACAGCUGACCUUGCUAGAUGCGGAGCUGUUUCUCAAUCUGGUCCCCUCUCAGUGCUUGGGAGGCCUGUGGGGUCACAGAGACCGGCCCGGACAUUCUCACCUCUGUCCGUCUGUCCGAGCUACUGUCAUACAGUUCAACAAGGUGGCAGGGGCGGUGGUCAGCUCUGUCCUGGGGGCCACCUCAGUCGGAGAGGGGCCAGGGGAGGUGACCGUACGGCCACUACGACCCCCACAGAGGGCCCGGCUCCUGGAAAAGUGGAUCCGAGUGGCAGAGGAGUGCCGUCUGCUCCGGAACUUCUCUUCAGUCUAUGCUGUUGUGUCGGCCCUGCAGUCCAGUCCCAUCCACAGGCUCCGGGCAGCCUGGGGGGAAGCAGCCAGGGACAGCCUCAGAGUCUUUUCCAGCCUGUGCCACAUUUUCUCAGAGGAGGAUAAUUAUUCCCAGAGCCGAGAGCUGCUCAUGCAGGAAGUGAAGCUGCAGCCCCCCGUGGAGCCUCACUCCAAGAAGCCCCCAAGGUCUGGCACCAGGGGUGGGGGUGUGGUUCCGUACCUUGGAACCUUCCUGAAGGACCUUGUGAUGCUGGAUGCCGCCUCUAAGGAUGAGCUGGAGAAUGGCUACAUUAAUUUUGACAAGCGGAGGAAGGAGUUUGCUGUCCUUUCUGAGCUGCUGCGGCUGCAGGAUGAAUGUCGUGGCUAUGACAUCCGGCCAGACUCUGAUAUCCAGCAAUGGCUCCAGGGCCUCCGGCCGCUGACCGAAGCUCAGAGUCACCAUGUGUCUUGUGAAGUGGAGCCACCUGGUACCAGUGACUCUCCUGCCCCAAGGACACUUCGGCCAACACUAGUCAUCUCGCAGUGGACAGAGGUUCUGAGCUCUGUUGGGGGCCCCACCCCUCUUGUGUCCUGGGACCGGCCCAGUGUUGGGGGAGAGGAGGUGCCUGGAACCCCUGCUCCUCUGCUGACGCGGCUGGCCCAGCACAUGAAGUGGCCAUCUGUCUCAUCUCUGGACUCUGCCUUGGAAAGCAGCCCCUCUCUGCACAGUCCUGCUGACCCCAGCCACCUCUCCCCACCAGCCUCCUCCCCAAGGCCUUCUCGAGGUCACCGCCGCUCAGCCUCCUGCGGCUCCCCAUUGAGUGGAGGAGGCACAGGAGAGGGGGUCUCCAGGGCUACUGGAUAUGGGGGAGGAGGACCUGGACCAGGGUCCUCUGAUUGCCGAAUCAUCCGAGUCCAGAUGGAGCUGGGGGAAGAUGGCAGUGUCUACAAGAGCAUCUUGGUGACAAGCCAGGACAAGGCCCCAAGUGUCAUUAGUCGUGUUCUUAAGAAAAACAAUCGAGAUUUUGCAGUGGCUUCAGAGUUUGAGCUGGUUCAGCUGCUGCCUGGGGAGCGAGAGCUGACCAUUCCACCCUCGGCUAACGUCUUCUACGCCAUGGAUGGUGCGUCCCACGAUUUCCUCCUUCGGCAGCGGAGAAGGCCCUCUGCCACCACACCCGGCUCCCAUAGCGGUGCUUCUGCCUCAGGAACUCCCCCAAGUGAGGGGGGUGGGGGUUCCUUUCCCAGGAUCAAGGCCACAGGGAGGAAGAUUGCCAGGGCACUGUUCUGAGGACAAAGUCCUGUUGGUUUACAGAAAUCAUGGCGUUCACACCAGGUGUAGGCAGCCAUUACAUUACAUUGGGACAGAAAUCCUGAGGUGGCCAGCCACCCUGGGGCAGUGGGGUGCCAUUUGUUUACUGAACCACAGAGAAAGCCAGCGGCCCCCCGCCCCAAGCUGGUGAUAAUAGAACCAAGUUGGAUAUGCUUCCACCCAGGGUGGAAGCGUGGCAGUCAGUGCUUGUUAGCUGGAAACAAGUACCAGUUCCUGCCACAUCCUAGCCUGGGAAGGGCCAAGGAAGGGCCUGGAAAGGGGGUUGGGAGGAAAGGCCCAGAGGCUCAGAGCCCCAGGGCAGAGGGGACUGGCAAGAAGGUUCUAUGGGGAGUUUCUUUUCCCACUCUGGGGGCUCUUGUCACUGUGACAACACUAAGGUAAUAAACCAAAACACUACCUGAA